AUGGCGGAAAAGAUAGAGCUUGUUGUGUUUGAUCUUGCUGGAACAACUGUUGAUGAUACAAUUCAUGGUUUACCUUUAGUCACAGUGGCUAUGACAGAAGCUUUUGCAUCCCGUGGGAUUAAAAUAAGCCCAGAGCAGGUGAAUAAAUACAGAGGAAUGGAUAAAAAACAGGCUCUGAGUUGUCUUUUGAAAGAAUGCCACGAAAUACAGAUGAAUAAUUGUGACAGCGAUAAAUUAAAAAACGUAAAUGAUAAUGCUUUGUUAGAUACUAUGUUCAAAGAUUUUAAGUUAGCUUUGAACUCUCAUUUGAUUAAUAUUAACAAGGAAAUCCCAAGCACAACUGAGAUAUUUUAUUGGUUAAAAACAAGAGGGAUUAAGAUUGCAGUUGGUAGUGGAUUUCCGCAUGAUGUUGUGCUUGCUUUGGUUGAAAAGCUAGGAUGGAAGAAUCUAGUUCAAUAUGUAUCAAGUGCAGAACAAGAAGGACACAGUAGACCUCACCCGUCUUUAGUACAUUCAGCAAUGAAACACUGUUCAGUUACUGACAAGAGAAAUGUUUUGAAGGUUGGAGAUACAGUAAUGGAUGUAGAAGAAGGCAAAAAUGCAGGAUGUCAGACAGUUGCUGUUCUAACAGGAACACAAACAGAAUCUACACUGAAACAAAGUAAUCCUGACUAUAUUAUAAACAGUGUUGCAGAUUUGCCCAAACUCCUUGAACAAUUGCCAUGUUAAUUGAUCCGUUUUGAUCGAGGCUCCCUAACAGUAGCAUGCGGGAUGUUCAUGGCACCAAUACGUAAAACAAAAAUUUACCGGGCUUUUUUUUUAAUGCAUUUCUGAAAGGUUUAUAAUGAAAAAGGGUUGAAUCAAUUGCGAGUCCAUACAGCAAUUUUACAUAUGAUACAAAUACCACUAGACCAAAAAAAACUAGCCAUAAAGCAAUGUUUUUUAAUUUUUUUAAAACCUGCACUGUCAACUGUAAAACAAAAUUUAUCACAAACUUUAAUAAACAAUUAAAAAGGAAUUUAGAAAUACUUUUGUAUUUCUACUAGAUUAAAGUGAUUAAACAGAAUAAAUAUUACAGUUUCAUAAUUCAUAGCAAACGCUUUGUUCAUUUUUAGCAGAAGUGCAAAACCAAAUGAAAAACACAUCCACUUGUUAGGCUGUUACAGCACAUAGAUUGAGUAAACGGCAUGAUUCAAUUAACUUCAACGUUAGAUUUUUGUGCUUUCAUCGAUUUGAUCCUUCACAAUAUUCUUUGGCUGUCCAUAGCACUCAAAUAAAUUGAAAAGUUGACAAAAUAAAACAUUAAAAACAACAUUGCCACUCUACAAUAUAUGACAUGC